UAAAUUUCACAAUCUCUUUCUCAGUCUCUCAGCUUGUAUGCUUAUAAACCUCUCUGUAUCAUUAUUUCCAUUUGAGCCUCGUCAAGUAACUCUAGCAAACAUGAAGAAGACAAAGACUUCAUCCUCAUUAGAAAAAGACAUUCCUGAUAAAACCCUAGUUUCAAAAUCGACCAAAGACAAUAAGAAAAACAAGAAGAACAAGAAGAAGAGUAAAGAUCUUACUCCUUUAUUGCUUUCAUUAGCUGAUUUCUUGGAGCGCCAGGGAUAUUCUAAAACCCUUGCUGCAUUUAAGUCUGAAGCUUUACCCGAUGAGGAGGAGCUUGAUGUGGUUAAAGGGCAUGCCUUGGAUGUGGAGACGAUGUAUUUCAAGUACUUAGAGAUGAGUGAUGGGGACGCGAACAACACCAGCUCUGGCAAACAAGAUUUGAGUACAGAGGUGGUUGCUGAUGUCUGUGUUGAUAAAUUAUCGAAUGGAGCAGUACCAGAUUUGCCUGUGAAAUCUAAAGAAAAGAAAAAGAAAACCAAGUCUACAUCUGAACCUAUUUCAGAGAGUGUUGAGCAAAGUGGUUCAGCUGAAAAUGGACAUUUAGAAAAGUCAGUGACUGAGGAGCAGGCAGAUGUAAAAUCUAAAGAGAAGAAAAAGAAAACCAAGUCUACAUCUGAGCCUAUUUCAGAGAGUGUUGAGCAAAGUGGUUCAGCUGAAAAUGGACAUUUACAAAAGUCAGUGACUGAGGAGGAGACAGAUUUAAAAUCCAAAGACAAGAAAAAGAAGAGAAAGAAAUCGAAAACUGAAAGUUCAUCUGUGGAUGCCGAGGAAUCUGAGAAAGGAGAUUCUAAGAACAAAGAUUCUAAGAAAAGGAAAAGAGGAGGUUCUGAAGAGAACGAAUCUCAGGCUGAUGAAAAGGUUGAGAGUAAGGAUACAAAGGAAAGUAAGACAAAAAGUUCAGAAGAGGAAAACGAAAAGGAUCUCAAUGCUACACCUUUUACAACUGAAAAGGCCGCGAAGAAACAACGUAUUGGUUCUGCCGAGCCAAAGACGGCGAAUGCAUUUCGAAGGGUUGAAAUUGAAAAGGUGGAAUUUGUUGACGACAGGCUUCAAGAUAAUUCUUACUGGGCAAAGCAUGGUGCUGACGUUGGCUAUGGUGCAAAAGCACAAGAAGUUCUAGGGCAAGUCAGAGGAAAGGAUUUUAGACACGAGAAGACAAAGAAGAAACGUGGAAGUUACCGAGGAGGUAUCAUUGAUCAGGAUUCACACUCAAUCAAAUUCAAUUACUCUGACGAAGAGUGAUACCGGGACGAAUAUCUGAACCAAAAAGUUUUUGCUUAUAUUUAUUUGUUUUCUUGAUGUUGCAAUUGAGCUCCUAAACUAGAAAGAGAGACUCAUACUUCAGGUCAUUAAAGAGAGACUGUUGGGCUUCUAAUGUUAUAGCGGCUGGUGUAUAAGUUUGAGUCUGAUAGCCCUUUGGGCUUUAUAAACCUUUAUUGGCUACUUAAAAUAGAAACUUUACUUGCUCAUCAACGCCA